AUGGGAGGAAAAGUGGCCCCAGAACGAGGCGAUGGUACGGACGCAUGUGUAUAUGUAUAUGUACAUGUGUAGUGGAAUGCGAGUGCUCGAAGGUCCGUAAAUCGAAUGAAGUGGCGCAAAGAAAAGCCCUCAGGGCUUCGCCCCGACAAAUCCACACCCGUCGGGGCCGUAUAAGUCUCAGUGGCGGCGGCGGUGGGGCUGCGCCGGGCCCGCCCGCCGGCCAAGAAAUACAUCUUGUUCCUCGCUUUUUCGGCCGUACAUCCCUCGGCCCCGCGUUCCAUAUUUAG